AUGGCCACCCGGGCUUUCUUUAGGUUCCCUGACAGAUAUUUGUUAUCUUCCCACAGCGCGCCUGCCGCCGCAAUACAGAUGAUUGGAAGGGGGACGGUAGGGGCCCUCCGAGGGGCCGCUGCUUCUUCGUGGUCCCCUCCAGCAAGUAACGUUGUAAGCCUUCUCCACACGCGACGAAGGCCAAGCACAGGAUGUGGAGGGCCUCUUACGCUACAUCAAGUACCGGCUGCACUUAUGACAACAUCUGCAGUACCAGUAGCAGCAAGAGAAACGGCAGCAAAAGCAACAGCGGCAGCAGGAGCGCCAAAGACACCAUCGAGGCAGCUGACCACUUGUCGUGCGUUCGGCAGAAAUGCAGCGUUUCCAAACGUCUCUCUCUCAUCCCCUCUCAGCUACCACCACUCCCAGGGGCCCCCGCGCUGUCUGCUGAGCACAGGGCCCCAAAGGGUACCUCCUGGGGCCCCCCCAGUGACAACAUCAGCAGUAGAAGUGGCCCCUGAAAGCGCAGAAUGGCCUGCAGGAGAGUUGGAAGGGGCCCCUGAGGUCCGGUUUGACUUAUCGCGGAUCCCAGGAACGGAGAAUGCGCGGGACGGUCAUAUGACGUUGGUGUUCACAUGCUGCAAGUGCAACAAGAGGUCCGCAAAGAAGUUCUCAAAGGUGGCCUACACGCAAGGGGUGGUCAUAGUGCAGUGUCCCGGUUGCAGCAACCUUCACUUGGUGGCGGAUCGUCUUAAAUGGUUUGGGGAAGAGGAGAGCGACGUGGAGACGAUUUUGGCUGCGAAAGGAGAGAAGGUGCUUCGGACGCUAACAGCUUCCCACCUGCUAGAUAUCGAGGGACUGGACUGCAGAGCGCAGGCGUCUGACCCGCCCGCGCAAGGCACGAAAGCCUAG